ACUACCGAAGAAGAGCAAGAAUUGAAGUUUAAGUCGAAAUAUCCUGGCUUGGCUCAAAAAGGAGCUGGAUCGUUACUGUUGCAAAAGCGAUUAAACCGCGGCCACAAAUUCUUCGACUCCGGUGAUUACAACGUGGCCCGAGCGAAAAUUUUACAACACAAAGCAACUCCUGCUCAGGCUCAAACAGACGAGGAAAUGUUACACGAGUCAACGGGUGAAGUCAUUGCAACUCCAGAGAGUGUCCCAGCAGUAAGAAAGAAAUCCAUGGCUGGGGAGGCUGCUGCCGCCGCAGAAUUCUGUUGCCCCUCUCACCCACCCAUAGUGUCCCCUCGUGCUAGCCAAGUGCUUUCACCUGCUACGAGUCGUGUGGAUAAGAACCCCACCGCUCUAUAUUAG